AUGCCGCUGCCAAGGAUCGAACUUGCCAAGAUUGUCAUCAUCAGCGUUGCCUGCCUCACAACAUUACCAGAGCUGACUGUGGGUCUGCGCAAUGUUAACGUUCGCAUUCCGGCUGCCGUUAAACGCGGUGAUAAUGCGCUCUUAAUCUGCAAUUAUGACAUCGAGAACGACACGCUCUAUGCGGUGAAGUGGUACAGGGGCCGCAGGGAGUUCUAUCGGUAUACGCCCAAGGAGAACCCAGCCUGGAAGAUAUUCACAAAAACCAAUGAAAUUGAUGUCGAGACAACACAAUCGAAUGCCAGUCAUGUGCUAUUGCGUAAUGUGCCCACCUCAAUAAGUGGUAAAUUUGCCUGCGAAGUCUCUGCAGAUGCGCCCACAUUCGACACUUCCAUUGUGACCGCCGAUAUGGAGGUUGUGGAACUGCCCACACAACGGCCUAUUAUAACGGGGAUUCAUUCGCGAUAUCGCCUCGGCGAUAUUAUCAAUGGCAACUGUUCCUCGGAUUAUUCAAAACCAGCAGCUAAUCUCACCUGGUGGAUAAAUGAUAUACAGGUUCCUCCAAAUUAUUUGCGUAUUUAUGACAUACAAAGACAUCUUGCUGAGCAUCUGGAGUCUUCUGUGCUGGAAUUAAAUUUCGUGGUGACAACUCAUCACUUCAUCAAGGGACGCCUCAAGUUGAAGUGUUCGGCUCGCAUUCACGAUAUUUAUGCACAGGAGAGCGAAAAACUUAUCGAAGAGGAUCGUCCGCGGAUUUUGGCCUCUGGACGUUCGCCAGACAUGAACAUGUAUCCAUUUGAUCAGCCAGGGGAUACGGAUGAAAAUAAUGAAUUCUAUAAUAUGCAUGCAAAUGCUGCCUCAACACAGUCGAAACUCAAUUGGCAACUGACUGCGUUGUUGCUAAUGCUUUUGCUGCAUUUGACCUGGAGCAGGACGAACAGGACAAUGGCUUGUUACACCCGCCGAAGUAGCUGUUGUGGGGCAGAGAAACCGUUGCGGAUCCCCCACAAACUCGAGCUGGCAACGCGGUGAUGAGUUGGCCAUGGUCAAAAUGGUUGCCAUGAGAAUUGGACUUCAAGAGGGAAACUCCAUGUGGUCAAGAGAGCUGGCAUUUAAUCUAGAUCUGGAUUCCACUAUGGAGCACUCUGGAAAAUAAACAAUUAUAUAAUCGUAUAUGUACACAGGCGUGUUCCCAAUUUCACAAUCGCAACUAAUUUACAAGCGUCAUCAAAAAGUAUACUUUAAAUGAGUUUCCAAACUGGUUGCGAAAGUGAAAGCGGGAACAACUUAAUAAAUAAAUGUGACUAGUCACAUUUGUCAUUAACUGUAAUAUUUAGCAAAUGUCUGUUGUGCAUCAUAGACGAAGAGCUGCCCCUUCCCCCUUCCCCCCCUUUACACUCAACCCGACACAAAAAUCUACUAAAUUAAUACCAAAGCAUAUACUGUAAAAAUGAAAUAUUUCAUGGAUUUUCAAAGUGCAACUGCAGAUUUGCCACCUAAUCCUUGGUCAAAUGUAAAUAAAUCAUUAAAACAACUACAUUUCAAUGAAAAAAAAAUUAAAUUUUAAGCUAACGAAAAGUAUUUUCUAUACAUACAUAUUUAUUUUAUUUUUGUUUUAACUUUUCACUUUUGAUGUGUAAUUGUAGUUCUUAGGCAAAAGUCUUUGUGUUAAGCUAAGUAUGUCAUAAGUUGUUGGUUUUAAAAGUAUUUAGACAAUUUGUUCAAUUUGUUAUAAAAUUCAUGUGUGAGUUGACUUUUAGUUUGAUCUGUAAACAAAACGGCAGCCAAAUAAAAUGUAUUUUAUUUCAUCAGAA